AUGGCCACGACGAACGGCAGUGCUAAUGUGGCGGCUGACUCGAGAUUCGAUCCGACUUUCACACAGCAUGUCAUCGAGGCUAUGGGCCCAAAGACGGCCCCACGGAUGCGGCAAGUCAUGGGUAGUCUGAUCAGACAUAUCCAUGACUUUGCCAGGGAGAACGAGCUUACGAUUGACGAGUGGAUGGCGGGGGUGGAGAUGAUCAAUUGGGCAGGGAAGAUGAGUGACAAUAAGAGGAAUGAGGGCCAGCUCAUGUGCGAUGUCAUCGGGCUUGAGUCGCUCGUCGACGAAAUCACAUUUAAAAGAGCGGCAGAGACAACGGACGCAGCAACUGCAAGUGCCAUUCUCGGCCCCUUCUUCCGGCACGAUGCUCCUAUACUCGAGAACGAAUCCACAAUCGUACAUGGUGUCGAUGACGGUGAAAUCACGUACAUGCAUGGCAAGGUGCUUGACUCGGUCACGAAAAAACCAGUAGCCGGUGCUUGGAUCGAUGUGUGGCAAGCGUCUACGAAUGGGUUGUACGAGCAGCAGGACAACGAUCAGGUUGAACAUAAUCUCCGUGGCAAAUUCAAGACGGAUGACAAUGGACAUUAUGGCUUUUACUGCUUGAGGCCCACACCCUACCCUGUCCCUUUCGAUGGCCCUGCUGGGAAGCUGCUGCAGUUGUUGAAUAGGCAUCCCUUUCGACCUGCCCAUAUCCAUUUGAUUGUGCAACGAGAGGGGUACAAACCAGUCACUACUCAGAUCUUCGAUCGUAGAGAUCCAUAUCUUGAAAAUGACUCGGUCUUCGCUGUCAAAGACUCCCUUAUUGUGGACUUCACACCGCUGAAGGGCAACCCGAAAGCAACGUUGGAACUCGAGUACCCAGUUCUUCUUGCUCCUCAAGGAGAGUCUCAUUGA